AUGGGCGACCGUCCAAAGAGCCAAGGUUCUCUAACUCUUCCCGAGCUCCACAUCAACUUGCUUCGACGCAUCAUCGGCAGUGCUAGGGUCGCCUCAGAUUCCUUGAUUUACAGCUACCAUCGGAGCUUCAACGGCUUCGCUGCCAGACUAACACAGGCCGAGCAUCAGAAACUUUCCGCCUAUGAAGGUGUAGUUUCUGUGUUCCCCAACAAGAUCGUGAAACUCCACACGACGAGAUCAUGGGAUUUCAUCGGCUACCCCAAGAAUGCGUCGACAUCCACCCGCCGCCAACAGAGCAACAUGAUCAUCGGAAUGCUAGACACCGGAAUCUGGCCGGAGUCCCAGAGCUUCGACGCUUCCGGAUAUGGCCCACCUCCGAAGAAAUGGAAGGGUCGCUGCCAAUCGUCCUCCAAUUUCACCUGUAACAAUAAAAUUAUUGGAGCUAGGUACUACAAUGCUGAAGGAGAUUACGGUCCUGACGAUAUCCCUUCACCAAGGGAUUCCGAAGGCCAUGGAAGUCACACUGCGUCCACUGCAGCAGGGAACCUUGUCACCUCAGCUAAUCUCUAUGGCAUUGCCAAUGGGACUGCCCGCGGCGGUGUUCCUGCUGCUCGAAUCGCUAUCUACAAGAUCUGCUGGUCUUUUGGUUGUUCAAAUGCUGAUAUUCUAAAAGCUUUUGAUGAUGCUUGUGCUGAUGGAGUCGACAUAAUCUCGCUCUCAGUUGGUGGUGGGCCAAUGGAUUAUUUCCGCGACCCCAUCGCUAUUGGGGCUUUCCAUUGCAUGAAGAAGGGAAUCUUAACUUCCAACUCGGCUGGCAACGAUGGCCCUGCUCCUGGAUCAGUCGCCAAUGGCUCUCCUUGGUCACUCACUGUUGCUGCUAACACCAUCGACAGAAAGUUGACGACCAAUGUCAAGUUGGGUAAUGGCAAAACUUAUAAUGGGAGCGCUCUCAACACUUUUCAGCCCAAGAAACCAAUGUACCCUCUUAUAUACGGUGGAGAUGCACCAAAUAAGACGGCGGGAUAUGAUGGAAACGUUUCCAAGUAUUGCUACUCGGACUCCUUGGAUAAAAACCUGGUGCAAGGGAAAAUUGUUUAUUGUGAGGCUGCCAGCCAGGGAGAUGGAGCUAUAGCAGCUGGUGCUGUUGGAGCCAUAAUGGGAAACAAUGAACAGGGAGAUGUGGCAUUUUCUUUCUCUUUGCCCAUCUCUCUCUUGAAUGAAACGGAUGGAAACGAUGUUGUGAAAUACUCAAACUCGACAAGUGGCCCAACUGCAGUGAUAUCCAAGACGGUUGACUACCUGGAUGGCUCACCAGCUUACGUGGUUUACUUUUCCUCGCGGGGUCCAAAUACGAUUACCCCUGACAUUCUCAAACCAGACUUGACAGGACCAGGAGUAAAUAUACUGGCAGCAUGGUCUAAGGCUACAACUGUGACAGGAGACCCUGGUGACAAAAGAGUUGUCCCAUACAACAUCAUCUCCGGUACUUCAAUGUCUUGCCCCCAUGUAUCUGGAGCAGCAGCUUAUGUCAAAUCGUUCCACCGUACUUGGUCCCCUGCAGCGAUUAAGUCAGCUCUUAUGACAACAGCACAACCCCUGAGUGCCAAGUAUAAUCCUGAGGCAGAGUUAGCAUACGGGACAGGACAAAUCGAUCCCAUCAAGGCUGCAGAUCCUGGACUAGUGUAUGAUGCUACGGAGAAGGAUUAUAUCAGAUUUCUCUGCGGUCAAGGGUAUUCGACCAAGCAACUCCAACUUGUCACUGGAGAUCCUAGUGCUUGCUCUGCAGCUUCAAAUGGAACCGUGUGGGAUCUAAACUAUCCCACAUUUGCUCUAUCAGCAACCAGAUCAGGAGCCUCUGUGACUCGGGUAUUUCACAGAACCGUUACAAAUGUUGGAUCAGCUAAUACAACCUACAAAGCCAUGGUAAAAGCACCAGCAAACCUUAAGGUCCGGGUCAACCCAAGUGUGCUUAGUUUCAGGACUAUUGGAGAGAAAAAAACAUUUGCUGUGACAGUCUCCACUGUGGUUAAGAACUAUACCAUAACUGGGAUUUUGAGCUGGAGUGAUGGGAAGCACAUUGUAAGGAGUCCCAUUGCUGCAUUCAUGUCAUUCACUUCUCCAACGAGUUCUGAGACCAAUCCUGAUGCUGAACUUGCAUAUGGAGCAGGGCAGCUUAACCCUGUCAAGGAUGUGAAUCCUGUGCUGAGAUAUGAUGCUGAACCAAUAGACUAUGCCUAG